GAACAAGAAGCACUGGACUUGGGAAAAUGGCAGCUGGAAUGGUCAUGAAUAACUUUAGCCUGAAGCAGGGCCACUGCUUGGAACUGAAAGGUUUUAUUCCCAAAGAUGCUAAAAGCUUUGCAAUAAACCUGGGCAAAGAUAGUUCAAACUAUGUCAUUCACUUUAAUCCUCGAUUCGACCACGAAGGCGACACCAACAAAAUAAUCUGCAACUCAAAGGAAGAAAACAGCUGGGGGACAGAGCAGAGAGAAAAUGUUUUCCCAUUCCAGCAGGGAGCAGAGACAUCGAUUUGUUUUGAGUAUCAAGCAGACCAUUUAAAGGUGAAGUUAUCUGAUGGCCAAGAAUUCAACUUCCCCAUCCGAAUGCCCUUGGAUACCAUUACAUUCCUUUCUAUGGAUGGAAUAGAGCUCAAGGCUAUCUCUCUUCAUUAACAGCUAUGUGGCUUCUACAGUCAAUAGAAGUCACUAGGCCUCUGUCACAUAUAUAACAUGUCAUGUAGAAAAUGUUCUCCCACAAUGAACUCCAGUGGCAAGCUGUAGAGAGAACUAUAUAGUUCCUAGUUAAAAUUUCUGUUUUCUUAAAAGCUACUAAAGUCUUAUACUAUUUUUUACAAUCUGUAUUCAGUAGAUCCCCCUGUACUUACUAUAAACCUUCUUACUAG